ACCGUCAAGAUGUUGAAGAUUUGGUCUAUGAAAAAGGAGCAGCAGAAGGCCGAGAAUGCGGCCGGGGCUGAAAGUGGCGGGAAGAAAAAGAAGGUCACGGCGGCGCAGUUGCGGGUGCAGAAAGAUCUCAGCGAGCUUUCACUAGGCAGCACAAUGAAGACCGAGUUCCCGGACCCAGACGAUAUCCUCAACUUCAUCCUCUACAUCGAGCCGGACGAGGGCAUGUACAAAGGCGGCAAGUUCAGCUUCACCUUCAACAUCACACCCAACUUCCCGCACGAGCCGCCCAAGGUGCAGUGCCGCGAAAAGAUCUACCACCCCAAUAUCGACCUGGAAGGCAAGGUGUGCCUUAACAUUCUGCGCGAGGACUGGAAGCCCGUACUCAACCUGAACGCCGUCAUCGUCGGCCUGCAGUUCCUCUUCCUCGAGCCCAACGCGAGCGACCCGCUGAACAAGGAGGCUGCCGAAGACCUGCGGUCCAACAGGGAAGGCUUCAAGCGCAACGUCAGGACAGCGAUGUCGGGCGGUACGGUCAAGGGUCAGACGUAUGAACGGGUUGUCCAGUAGGUAUCGGGAACCCAUCAAACUCAAGGCCAAAAGACCCAUCAAAAGAAACACACGUAACAGGAGAACCAGGUCUGUGCGUUCACCUCUUUCUCAGCCCCUCAGCCUCAAAAGUUUUCAGCUCGCUUGUUUCAGCCUCAGCGCCUACCUUAUCUAGGAUUUAGCGAACUGUGGAAUAUACCCAACCCCCAGGUCCCAUGGGGAUGGUAGAGGAUGGCUCGGGGAUCGGGAUGAGGACACGCUAUGCUUGGCAUGCAGAAUGGAGUUGUGGGAGUGGAACUACUGUGCUGCUCUGUCAGUGGAUGGAUGGGCGGGCGCUCGCUCGCUGUCAGUCACCAGUAACCGGCAGGUUCCUUAUCUGUCGUAAGGCUGGUAGUGCUGGGCGGGCGGGGAGGGGGGAAGGGGGUCAGACGACGAACGGGGCGGGAGCUACUACGUAUGUUCCUGACACGCCAAACUCCCCGGAUCUACCUUACCCAAACAUGGAAGCUCCCUAAGCUAAGAUCUAGGCACUCUGCGGGCGGGUAUGUAGUGUAGGCGGGAACAUGAGGGAGGGACUUGCAUUGGUGGAAGCGAAGGGAGGGGGAGGGGAAGAAGACUGGGGAAUGCUAGGAGCGGAUUCAUUAAGCGGCGUUAAUUUAUAGGGCGAAUGGACAUGAGAUGAUUUUCAAUGACCACGAGAGUGGUGUUAAUAUGCAGCUCUGACGUCCCAUAUGUACAUUGCCGUUGUUUA